CUCAUUCUCUCCCUCUGACAAAGACGAGAAGCCAAGACUGGCAGAGAAGGAGUCCUGGAGCUCCUGAGAGCUGGUAUAGCUCAACAUGGGCAGUAGGACGCUAUUGCUCCUCGUGCUGUUUGCCAGCAGUUGCACCUUUGCCCAGGAAGAUGGGACAGAAAGCCAAAAUUCAAGAUGUUCGCGAGAUGCAACAAAAUUCAAGCAUUUUAAGAAAUAUGUCUACAAUUAUGAGGCUGGUACAUCCAGCGGAGUGACAGGUACAGCUGAUGCACAGAGCGGAUCUAGUUUUAACUGCAAGGUGGAAUUGGAAGUUCCGCAGCCAUGUAAUUUCAUCCUGAGGAUUAGCCAGUGCACCCUGCGAGAGGUGUUCGGCGUGGACUCCGAGGGCAGAUCGCUCUUCAAGAAGGCGAAGAAUUCCGAAGAUUUCGCCAAUGCCAUGUCCAAGUAUGAAGUGAAUUUCAGUGUUAUUGAAGGGAAGCAGGUCAUUUUAUACCCAAAUAAUGAGGAUCCUGGGAACAUAUUAAACAUGAAGAGAGGAAUUAUUUCAUCGCUGCUUGUUCCUGAUGAGACCAAGGAGAUCAGUAACAUGGAUACUGCGUAUGGGGAAUGCUCCAGUCAAAUCACUGUUACAGAUAGGAAAGGAGCCGUCGCUACUGACAUUACAAUUAAAAGAAAUCUGAAGACGUGUAAUCAGUUCACACCAUUAAGGGACUAUGUUAGCCCCAUUGCUCUAUUUAAAGGAAUGAAUGCACCUCUAUCCACGCUACUCAGCAGCAGCCAGUCAUGUCAGUACACACUGGAACCGAAGAUGAGACACGUGAGAGAGGCGUCCUGCGUGGAAACUCACCUCUUCCUCCCCUUCUCCCACAAGAAUCAGUACGGUAUGAUGGCAAAAGUCACCCAAACACUGAAACUGGAAUCUGUGUCCAAAACCAACAACAGAGAAUUUACAGUCUCCCCUCCGGGGACCGGCCUGGCCUUAGAGGCAGUGGAGCACCUUUCAACCAAUGAAGACGAUGUGCUGGAUAGUCUCAUGGAAUUGCAGAAAAUGUCAACAUCACAGCAGAAUCAGCAGAGAGCAAACCUCUUCCACAAACUGGUGACCGCUCUGAGGGCACUUAACAAUGAGACUCUGGGUCCUCUAGUGCCCAGACUGGUACAGCUAUCCAGCCCGAUUGCACUGCAGGCAUUGACCCAAUGUGGUACCCCUGAAUGUUUCGGAGGCAUUCUUCAGGUUCUGCGGACUGGGAAUAUUUCGCCCGUGUUGACCGACACUGUUACAUAUGCUUUGGGGCUUUUGUCUUCACCGUGCACCAAGCGCGUCCGGGAACUUCUCAAUAUGGCCCAGUAUCAGCAAAGCCGUGCUUCAUUUUAUGCCUUGAGCCAUGCUGUAACCAACUUCUAUGAAGACCGCAAAACCAUCACUCCUGAGCUGAGGGAUGUGGCCGAUUUCAUGUCAUCUCUCCUUGAAAAUGAAUGCACUGGAGAUCAAGACAAGACCUUCCUAACUCUCAAGGCUAUUGGGAUCAUGGGGAACGUUUUAGAAGAAGCCAAUCCACAGGUCAAGGCCGCAGUUCUGAAAUGUGCUAGGGGUCAAGAAACAUCACUCGAUGUCCAGAAGGCAGCAGUUCAGGCCCUCCGCAAAAUGUCCAUGACAGAUGAAGUUCGAAGUGUACUUGUCCAGGCUUUCCAAAACAACAAUUCUCCAGUCCAGAAAAGGCUGGCGGCCUACCUCAUCCUCAUGAGAGGACCCUCAUCGUCAGACCUCCGCAAAGUAGUCCGAACUCUCAAAAAAGAUGACAGUGACCAAGUAAAGAACUUUGUAGCCUCUCACAUUGUUAACAUUCUGAACUCUCAGGAACCAGAAACUCAAGAGUUGAAAGGUAAAGUAGAGGAAUCCCUCAAGUCAAGUGGUGUGCCAGCUAUUGUCAGCGACUUUACAAAAUUCUCCCGCAAUUACCAAAUCUCCAAGACUUUGGAUGUUCCAGGUUUGAGCGAUAAAUUGGGAGCCAAAGAAAUUGGAGCCAAAGUGGAAGGAAACAUAAUCUAUGAUUCUACUGGCUACAUGCCUAAAGAAGCCAUGUUGGAAGCUACGCUGAACAUGUUUGGCCAAUCUGUGGAUAUGUUUGGGGUCAACAUAGAAGGAAAAAAUUUUGAGACAACUCUAGAUGCUUUGUUUGGGAAAGGUGGAUUUUUCCCAGAUUGUGCCACAAAGGCAUUGUACUGGGUGGACGGCAAAGUUCCAGACAAAGUCGCUGAGGUUUUGUACAAGUGGUUUGGGGUCUCCAGACAAGAUAACCAGAAUCAGGAUCUUAAAAAAGCAUUCCUAAUGAAUGUUGAAAAGCUGAUUAAGGAAGUAAAAUCUAGCGAUGCUCCAGAAGCCAAAGCAUACCUGGAAAUCCUUGGUAAAGAAUUGGGGUACCUUAAACUGAGUGACUUCAAAAUGAUGGGGAACAUGUUGCUGAAAAGCUUCCAAUCAACACAGCAGCUGCCAGCACAGAUCAUGCAAACCUUUUCCAAUGGUGGAGAAAGCGAUCUCUUUGCCCACUACAUCUUCUUAGACAAUCAGUUCUACCUUCCAACCGGAUCAGGUCUUCAGCUCCAAGUGUCUUUGUCUGGAAUAAUUACUCCAGGAACAAAGUCUGGAAUUAAAUUUGGGAUGAAAAAUAUGAAAGCAGAACUGUCCCUGAAACCAGCCGUUGCAGUGGAGUUUGUUACUAACUUAGGAAUUCAGAUUCCAAAGUUUUCCAAACAUGCCGUGCAAAUGAAUACCAACAUUUACCACGAAUCUGGAGUUCAGGCGCGGGCCUCUUUAAGCUACGGACAGUUCAAAUUCUCCAUCCCUGCACCUACAAUGCCAACCAAACUCUUCAGUAUCAACAACAAGGUUAACCUGGUCUUUGCAUCGAAGACUGAAGUCAUGGCUUCCAUCAUGGAAAACAGGAAGGAGCAGUCAUAUUGCAAGCGUCUGAUCACAGGGCUGGAGUACUGCACCAACAUUGCAUAUUCCAACGCCAGUUCCAUAGACGCCGCUCCCUACUUCCCACUUACCGGAGAGGCCAGGUUUGAGCUGGAGAUUCAGCCAACAGGUGAGGUGCAGGAAUAUUCAUUGACUGCAAAUUAUAACCUGAAUAGAGAAGGAAGUGACCAGGUGGCCACUCUGAAAGUCUCUGCACAAGCAGAAGGUGCCAAGUCACCUGAGGCCUCGCUGACCGUGAAAUACAACCGCAACAAGUUUAUCCUGACAAGUGAUGUGGAGAUCCCAGAAGCUAACGUCAACUUUGGUGCCAGCCUGAGACUCAAUGAUGAGUCAAGCGAUUUCAGGAGAUCAUUCGCUCUUGUGGCCGAACUCAGCAACCAACAGAUUUCCGAAGCCACUCUGACAGGCAGGCUAAGCUAUGACGGCAGUACUGAAGCUGUGCUGAGCGGAGGGCUGUCCAUCCCACGGCUGCAUGUGGAGGCUAACGCAGAGGCCAAUCUUAUGAAGGUUCUAAGUGAUUACAAACUCCAGCUGCAGUCCUCUGCCACCAUCUGUGCCUUAUCGGGAUCACAGAGGCUUGUGUUCACAUAUGAUAGCGACAAGGUUGAGCUGGAAUGGAAAACCGCUAGCAACAGUAAUGUGAAGAAGAUCAUCUCUAAAUUACCAGACGUCCGAUUUUCUGACCUGUCAGACUACCCAGACACCAUAAGGGGCUACGCCAAUGAUAUACUGGAUCACAAGGUGGCUCAUACUGACAUGACCGUCCGGCAUAUUAGUUCGCAGUCCAUAGUGGCAACUAAAAAGUGGCUGCAGCAGGUAUCACAUAACAGUCCAUACGUAGAAACGCUGAGCAACAAAUUGACUGCAUUUAAAGAGGGACUGAGCUUCCCAGAUGACUUAUUCUUAAACAGUGACGGAAGAAUCAGAUACCAAUUCAACAAAGACAGUAUUUCCAUCAAUAUCCCAUUGCCCUUUGGUGGAAAGUUAUCUCACGAGGUAGUUCCGAAUAUAUGGUCACCACCUCUGGAACUAGAGUCAGUGGGAUUAAGAGUCCCAUCCAAGGAAUUCAAGAUUCCGGCCUUCACUAUUCCAGAGUAUUACCAACUAAAAGUGCCCUUAAUUGGAUAUCUGGAUCUUUCAUCCAACAUAAACAGCAACUAUUACAACUGGUCUGCAUCUUACACCGGAGGGAACACUUCCAGCAAUGCUCAACAGCAAUUCAGUUCUAGGUAUCAAAUGAGAGCAGAUUCUAGUUUGGAGAUUUUAUCUUAUAACAUUGAAGGUUCUGCAAUGUCGUCCUAUGAUCCGAUGAACACAUUAACCGUCUCCAUAGAGAAAUCAUUACAUCACACUCUACUCGAUGCAAGCAUGAGAAUCAAUGAAUUGUACAACUUCAAAAGUAGCCAGUGGUAUAAAGGCUCCGGUUCAUACCAGGCCAGGAGUAUCCUGGGACUUGAAUUAUCUGGAGCGGCCUCCGUCCGGUCAUCAAUUAAUAAUAACAUUUUGACAGUAGAGGGAGAGGGCAAUGAUCGGUUUACUUUGGCAUCAUUCUUUGCAAACCAAGACUUACUGCUAGUGGGCACAUUCAACACUGAAACCGGCCAGAAAAAAUUAGAAUCCAACUAUAAGUUUGAUUCAUCUUUCUUGAAAGCAACAAACAAAAUGUCGGGAAUGUUUCUAACAGAGGCAACCACAAUAACAUCAACUACUGACUUUCAAGAUGGAGCACUCAUUAAUGCCAUGACCUUAGAUCAUAGGAAUGGAGAGUUGUCUCUAAAGUGUGACACUAAUGGAAAUUACAACAACUUAGUUGGACUGAAUAAAUUUGAGGUCAUGCUGUCAAGCGCAAGGGCUGCAGUACGCUCAGAGUAUCAGGCUACCUACAAGCGCAACAGGUUCUACACCCUUCUGACUGGUUCUCUCAACAAUGUUGGUCUUGAACUGAAUUCAGAUAUCACUUUCAAUAACCAGGGGAGCAGAAGCGCACACAAGGGCACCCUGAAAAUCAACAUGGAUGGCCUAACCACCAGUGCAACUACCAGUGUCAACUACAGUCCUUUUGUGCUUGAGAGUGAGUUGAAUGCUGCCAUUGGGUUAUCUGGAGCGGCAAUGAAAAUGACGGCGAAUACCCGAUGCCGAGAGCAUAAUGCAAAGAUAUCUGUUGAUGGAAGGGCUUCCCUAAGUGAACUUUAUUUGAGUAGCGUGCACCAUGUUGCUCUUUACAGCAUGGACAGCACACACUUAUUGAGCUUUAAGGUUAAUCCCGAAGGACUGAAGUUCACUAACAACUUAAUGGGUUCCUUUGAUAAGAUAAAACUGGAGAUCAGCAAUGAUCUAAGCAUUGCUGGAUACAAUUUACAACUUACCUCUAAAUUUGAAAACUCCUUUAGCCCUGACAGAUUCCACAAGCAUAGGUUUGACUUCCAAAUGCAACCUUAUACGAUGACCGCUCUUUUGAAUAAUGAACUGCAAUAUGGUGCACUUGAGUUAACCAACAGAGGUCAAGUGCAGCUAGAAGCCUUUAAAAUGAAUUUCAAUGGCAAUGUAAGAGGUGCAUUCAACAAAGAUGAAAUAAAGCAUUCCUAUGGCUUCACCAUCGGUAAAAUGGAAGCCAACCUGAACACAGACACAGUGGCAAAUAUUCAAGGAACUGCCCACACUCAUAGAUUCGCUGUGGACAUUGCUGGCUUCUCUGCCUCACUUACCAGCAACACAAACUCUGAAUCAAAGUCUAUGCGUUUCACUAACAGGAUUCGCUCUGUGGUAGAGCCAUUCACAAUCACAAUUGACUCUCAGACCAAUGGCGAUGGAAGACUUAUGAUUUUUGGAGAGCAGACCGGACAGCUUUACAGCAAGUUCAUCUUAAAAGCAGAGCCCCUAGCCUUUAAUUUGGUUCAUGAUUACAGAGGAUCCACUAGCCACUCCUUUGGAAAAGGCAAGGUGCAUGAAACUCUAGUAGACUACAAGAUUACUGUCCUGUUCACACCUGCAGAGCAGCUAAGUUCAUGGAAGCUGAAGAGUCGUCUGAACCAAAACACAUACAAUCAAGAUAUUAGUGCCUAUAAUAAUGCCGAUAGCAUUGGAGUUGAGGUUAGUGGGCAAACACUAGCAGACCUCUCCAUAUUGGACAGAGAGGUCCAUCUGCCAUUCGUCAGAUUUAAUCCAAUCGACUCUCUAAACCUAAGAGACAGUGUUAACAGUCCUCAAGAAUUUGGCAUUUCUGGAUACAUAAAGUAUGACAAGAAUAAAGACAUGCACGUCAUUAGCCUACCUUUCAUUGAGAACAUGUCUUUGUAUUUUGAGAAAAUAAGAACGGCUUUACUUACCACCCUGCAAGCUCUUCAGAAUUCAUUAAAAGACAUAAAUAUUGACCAAUAUGUAGAAAGGUACAAGAGGGCUUUGGACACAGCCAGCCAAAAAGUAAAUGACUAUGUUAACAAUUUGGACAUAGAAAGCAAAGUUAGUGUAGCAAGGGAAAGAAUGAUUUCCUUAUCCAAAGAAUUUAAAAUCACAGCUGAGGAACUUCAAGCAGCAAUUGAAAAUAAUUUCAGAUGGGUGGAACUGAAUUUGCAGAAUUACUUGAACGAAGUGAACAGAUAUGCCAGAGAGAAUUUUGACCUUGAUCAGCUUAUGAAGUCCGCUGAGAAGUUAAUUCAAAUAUGUAUUGAAAAACUGAAAGCCCUAGACAAGGAAUACAGAGUGCGAGAAAAAACUCUUGAAAUGAUCCAGAACAUACAAAUCUUAAUUGAGAAAAUCAACGUUAAUGAAUUGGGACAAAGUUUGUCUGCUUGGAUUCAAAAUGUUGAUGACUUGUACCAAAUUAAAGCUAACCUAAAGAGAUUAUUACAAGAAAUACAGAAUUAUAUCCAGAGAAUUGAUAUUGACCAAAUCACUCAAAAUGUUAAAGAACUACUGCAAUCCAUUGAGAUAUCGAAGUACAGAGAUAUGAUAAAAAAUGCUUUGCCCUUUGAGAACAUCAGAUUUAUUAUAGAGCAAGUUAAAAACCUUAUUCUGACCCAACUGGAGGAAUUGGAAGUGAGUGAGAAAAUAAAUGCAGUCAUUGACAAACUCCAAGACAUUGUGGCAACAUAUGACAUUGACAAAAAAAUUGAAGUCCUCAUAGAAAAGUUUGCUGAGUUUCUUAACCACCAGAGGGUCAGGGAGACAAUUGAAACUGUAAUAAAUAUGCUGAGUGACAUUGAUAUCAAGCUGCAUUACAAAAAAGUACUUGCUUUUGUUGAUGCCAAAGUCAAGCAAGUGAGAGACUAUGACUUUCAGAAGCUUAUCGAUGACGUUAAUUAUUAUCUCGAUAUGAUAGUAAAGAAAAUGAGGUCUUUUAAUUAUGAAAAGUUUGUGGAUGACUUCAACAACUGGAUAAGAGAGAUGACUGAAGAAAUAAAUAAAAAGCUAAGGGCACUGGAGCUGCCACAAAAGGCAGAAGCCUUAAGACAAUAUCUGAAUAACAUCAGAUCGGUGGCUGCUGAGUAUCUUCAACAAGUAAGAGACACUAGGAUUGCUGCAAUCAUGCAAUGGUAUGAGGAUAUCAUGUCCUCAACGGUGUUAAUUGAAUGGAAGAAAAGGACAAUUGAACAUCUUGAAGAUGUCAGAGACAGAAUAUACUCCAUGAACAUUAAAGAGGAAUUCCAGAGAUAUCUAAAACAGGUUAGCCAGGCUUACAGUAGGUUAGUGAUGUUCAUAACAGAUCAGUGGAGCUUCCUGGCUGGCAAGAUUACCAGAUUUGCAGAAGAAAACAAUAUUCAGGAGUGGGCUGAAAAGGUAAAAGUCUUUGUAGAAGAAGGAUUUGUUGUGCCGGAGAUUAAAUUGGGCUAUAUUAGUAUUCCUGCAUUCGAAGUAAGCCUCCGGACUCUCAGAGAUGCAACAUUCAGAACACCAUCCUUUAAUGUACCAUUCACUGAUUUGUGGGUCCAAUCUGUGGAAAUCAACUUUAGGAAGCUGAAAAAUAUUGAAAUUCCAACAAGGUUUGUCACACCUGAAUUCACUCUGUUGAACAUCUACAGAGUACCAUCAUACACAAUUGAUUUGAAUGAUAUCAAACUGAAAAUUGUAAGAAUAAUUGAUCAAAUUAUUUCAAGUGACUACAAGUGGCCAUCUUCAGAUGUAUUAUUGAGAGAUCUACAGAUGAGCGACAUGGGGCUUCCUGAAUUUACCAUUCCAGAAAUCUCUCUACCUAAUAUGCAGCUACCAGAGUAUAAAAUCCCAAAACUAAACUUGGAAAAUUUCCAAUUUCCUGAUAUACAGAUACCAGAAUUUCAGCUCCCAAAAAUUCCUCAUACUGUUUCUAUUCCAACAUUUGGCAAGUUUUCCAGUUCAUUCAAAGUAACAUCUCCAUUUUUUACAAUGUUAACUUCAAGUGAGGUUAAUAAUGUCACUGUUUCUGCAAAAACACCAGAAAUGGUUGCUUCCCUGACAGCAGAAGCAACAUCAAUGGUGGAGGCUUUGGCUUUUACAUUCAGAGCUGACAGUCGGAUUUCUGCACCCUUGAUGGAGCAGUUAGUUCUUAAAGAAACUGUGUUGUUAUCUAACAAACAUGUUAAAUUAGAUCACUUUAGUGAAGUUGCUUUCACAUCAAGUCACAUUCAGACGCAAGUCCAAACCAAGGUUAACUUCAAAACCGAGAAGAACUCAGCUGAUUUAGAAAACUCCAUUAUCUUGAAAGUAGAGAAAAGAAUCACUGCUGAUGUGAAUACCAAAUAUUCUCACAGGUUGAAUAUUCCACAAUUUGAUUUUUCAAGUCAGCUUGACCUCCAAAAUGAUAUUGACACAACAGUGGACAUUGGACGCAUUUCAGUCACUUCUUCUGGUAAAGGGAACUGGAAUUGGGCCUGUCCACUUUUUUCACAUGAUGGCACCCACCAAGCAGACCUCAAGUUCAACUUAAGAGGUGGCAGCAUUGAAGUUUCAGGAACCAACAAAAUAAUUGAUAAAUAUCUAAAACUGGAUCAAAGCCUGAAAUAUAAUUCAGUAUUCCUAAAUUCUUUAACUAUUGAAGCUAUUUCAAAAGCUGAGUCACCUAGCAUUGGUAACAGUAUUGCUACCGUUAAAGGAAGUAUCCAGGUUAAUGAUAUGAAGAUAGCACUUCAAGCCACUCAUAACACAGAAUUAUUAGGACGAGCCACUGGAACCAUAAACAACAACUUUGAGUUUUUAACAAGACCAUUUGAAAUAAAACUGGUCACUGCUAACAAUGGGAAUCUAAAAAUUAGUUUCCCCAUGGAAUUAACUGGCAAGAUUGAAUUCUUAAACAACUAUGACUUUAUACUCGACCCCAAUAUCCAGCAAGUGUUAUGGAAAGCUAAUGGACGGUUCAACCAAUACAAAGUGUCUCACACUAUUUCACUGACCAAUAAUGAAGAAAAUAUUGCUGCUGGUCUGGCAAUGAAUGGGGAGGCUAACCUUGACUUCUUAACAAUCCCAGUUUCCAUCCCAGAAAUCCAGAUCCCAUACACAUCAAUGAAAACGCCACAGGUUCGGGAAUUUUCUCUUUGGGAACGAAGCGGCUUGAAGAAUUUGCUGACAACAACCAGACAGAAUAUUGAUCUGAACAUAAAACUUCAAUAUCAGAAGAAUAAAGACAUGCAUGCCAUUCCUUUACCACUAGAGAAACUCUUUGAUUCAAUAAAUACAAAUAUGAAGACCCUUAACCAGAAAUUUGAAGUUGGGAGAGACAAAACAUUGAACGUCUUGAUGGACUCCUAUAACCAAGCCAAAGUAAAGAUUGAUAAGUACAGAGUGGACAAUCAAGUUAACAAAAUUCCAAGAACAUUUAGGAUCCCUGGUUAUAAGAUACCAUUUGUGAAUAUUGAAGUAUCUUCUUUCUCUGCUGAACUUCCAGCCUUCGGCUAUAUAGUUCCUAAAGAAAUAAGCACACCAAGCUUUGUAGUACCAGUUAUUGGGUUCUCUAUCCCAAGUUACAAAUUAGUGCUACCUUCUCCAGAACUACCAGUAUUACAUGUUCCCAACAGCUUACGCAGGCUUUCUCUUCCCAGGAUUAAACUGCCAAGUGGGCAGAGCAGUAUUUUCAUUCCAGCAAUGGGAAACCUCACUUAUGAUUUCUUCUUUAAGUCAAAUGUAAUUUCACUCACAACAAGUGCUGGAAUAUACAAUCAGUCUGAUAUCUCUGCGAGGGUAAGUGUAGCCUCCACCUCUGUCUUAGAUGCUCUUGCAUUCAACAUUGAUGGCACAACUGGGCUUACUAGAAAGAGAGGGCUAAAACUAGCUACUGCGCUGGCUCUGAAAACUGCAUUCGGUGAAGGAAAACAUGAAAGUUCUAUAUCAUUUGGAAAGAAAAAUGUGGAAGCAUCGGUUAUCACAAACGCCAAAAUGGAUACCCAGAUUUUGAAAAGUACAUUCAAGCAAGAACUGACUGGGAACACAAAGACAAAGCCUACAGUUACUUCAAAAAUGACCCUGUCUUAUGAUUUAAUUGUACCUUAUGGUAAUACAGCUAAAGGACAACUGGACCACACACUGAAUCUUGAAGGCCUUACAUCCUACUUUUCACUAGAGACAAGAACUAUUGGAGAUCUAAGGGGAACCCUUUUGACACGUCAGCCAUUUUAUGCAAGGUUUACCAGUGAUGCAAAUACUUACAUGAAUUCCAAUAACCUUAGGUCAUCCGUCAAGCUUGUGUCCAACUCUGGAGCAGAGGGCUUGGGAACCGUGGACUUCACAGAGAAUCUUGCUAUUGAAACAUCUACCAGUCGCAUAUACACAGUUUGGGAACAUAAGGGAGAAAAUAAUUUAAUAUUUGGACCAUUUUUUACAUCAAGAGGACAGCAAAGUGGUAAAGCAACGCUAGAACUGGCACUUUGGAGUCUGCUGGCAGAUCUUAAAGUUCAGGUUAACCAACCUAAUUUCUUUAUUGAAUCACUAAACCAAGACAUUUCACUAAAUGUUAAGGGUGAAAAACAAGAAUUUAGCAUGAAAGGGAAUGGUGUAAUAGAGUCCCUUAUCUUGGCUCAUAACAUUCAGCUAUCCAAUGACCAAACAGAUGCAAAACUGGAUUUCGGUGGAUCAGUGCAAGGCAACGUGGAUUUCCUGAAAUCAAUUAUCCUUCCAGUCUAUGAAAAAAGCUUGUGGGAUAUCUUGAAAUUUGAUGUGACAACACGCGCUGAUCAAAAACAGUAUCUAAAUGCAUCGACAACAGUAAUUUACACAAAAAAUAACAAUGGGUUUUUCUACCCUUUUCCAUCUGAAAGCCUUGGAGAUGGUUACACCAUGACAUUUCCAGGAAUGACAUUGUCAAACGCAAUGCAUCUUCCGUUAUCACUACCAGAAGUUAAGUUUCCUGCUACCUACAUCAAUCUGUUAUACACUGCAGAAAGAGAUUCUAGCAUACCCUUCAUUGAGCUGUCUAUACCACAAUAUCAAGUAACCAUGUCCAAAUACACUCUUCCCAAAAGCUUCUAUAACUUUGAUUUAAACAGCUUGUUCAACAAGAUAGCCGACAUUGACCUACCAACAAUUGAAAUCCCACCACAGAGUGUUGUGUUCCCACCGGUUAAACUGAGACUGCCGGCAGGAAUUUACAUCCCAGCAUUUGGCUCUUUAUCUGGAUCUGUCAAGUUUACUACUCCAAUCUACAAUCUGACAUGGACAAACAAGCUGGCAAACAAUCCAGAUGCUUUCGUUGGCUCUGUAGAUGCCACCAGCAGUUCCACACUUCGAUUUCUGGAGUUUGACCUGGAUGCUUCAGUCGGCAGCUUAUUAAAUGGAAGAGAUCUGAUUGUAUUAGGGCAGGGUAGUCUUUCACAUGUCGACCUGAGCGCAAAUUGGAAGCAUGAAGCUACAUUUACUGGACUGAGGAUGGCGAACCACAAAUUAGAAUUAGGAAUUAUAAGCCCAACAUUCACGGAUGUCCAGAUAUCAUGUAAACAUGACAGCAAUGGGAUUUCCUCAUCUAUAUCAUCCCCAUCUACUGGAAUGCUCGGCCUUGUGGUUGAAAAAGAUGCCAAGACUAUCAAAAUGAAAGUAUACAGUCGCUCUCUUGCAUCACCUGGGAAGGACACAUUGAUUCUGAAAAACGAAAUAUCACUCAAAAUGGCAGAAAGACUUCAGAACAAACUUAACUGGCGCGAAGACGCUGCCCAGGAUGUUCUCAAUGGUUUGAAGGAAAGAUUACCGAAGAUGUCAGACUCCAUCUACAACUGCGUCAACAAAUACCACCGGGAGCACUUAGGAAUGGACAUGAAAGAGGCCAACCUAAAGAUGAAAGAACUUUUACAUAGCAGGGUUUCAUCAACAUACAGAUCUGCUUCCAAUCAGAUUGACCAGAUGAAAUAUCAGCUGCAGUCGGCAGCCAGAGGUGCCAGCAGAAACUAUGCAGACGCCUUCAAUAAAGCGCAACAGUGGUACCAGGAACCCGCAGAUAUGUCCUUUCUCCUGAGUGACGGAGAGAUGGGAGCCAAGGUUUAUGACAAAUUCAUUACUGUAAUAAGAGGCUACCACAAUGCAGUGAGAGAUGUGAUUGAUGCAGCUAUUACGUUUCUGAAGAGCACACGCUUUCAGUUGCCAAGCCAACAGAGGAGUUACACAGGUGAGGAGCUGUUUGCCAUGUUCAUGAAGUCGACAACAUACAUUAUUGAUGAAAAUAUGAAGCAGAUCCAACAACUUCUUGAUUCCGUCAUUCAGUCCUUGAAUAAUGCUAACUUCAACAUCCCUGGUACAAACACAAACAUUGAAGGCAGACAAGUAAUCCUGGCCAUCAAAGAUAUUUUGAAAGAAAUCCAGCAGAUUGUCAACAAGUUGUUUAUUGAUAUCCAAAACCUAAGCCUGGAAAAAUAUCUCCAGCAGCUGAAGACCCUGACCCGAGAGGCCUCACUGAAAAUGGAAAAACUGACUGAAGCUUUGAAGUCGAGAAACUAUCAGGAUAUGAAAGCUCAAGCUCAGCAAAUGUAUAGUGAUGCUGUAAACUCCAAGUAUGUCCAAUAUCUUAGUGAUAAUGCUGCCAGGAUUGAAAAGAGCGCCGACCAGCUGCUUAAACUUUACCGGACCGUAUAUGAAGAACUUUCUGAGAAAUUAAAGCAGUUACUCAUUUAUGCCAAAGCCUUACGGGAAGAAUAUUUAGACCCGAAUGUUGUUGGAUGGUCCGUGAAAUAUUAUGAAAUUGAAGAGAAAGUACUUGAACUGUUCCAGGUCAUCAUCAAUGCGUUGAAGGAACUGCCUGCAAAAUAUGGAAUAAAUAUCUCAGAGCAUGCAGACAAUUUGAAGAAACUUUUAAAGGGGUAUUAUGAGCAAGCCAAGGUUCUAGCGACCAAUGUAGAAGGUCGUGGACUUGAGCAAGUAAGGAAGAUCUCUUUGAAAAUAGAUGAAAAAGUUAGUGACUGGUCAAAUGCCGCCAAAACAGCUGCUUUGGAACAUUCACAGCUUAUUAAUACAAAACUACACGAAGCCUACGUACAGCUUCUCAAUUCUUAUGAGAAGUUCUUCAUUGAAGCCAACAAUCUGAUUGAUCUGGUCAUCGAAAAGUACAACUCGCUCGUAGAAUUCAUCACUCAAAUGUUGCAAAAUUUUCAAAAUUCUGCCAGUGAAGAAAUGAAGACAUAUAUAUCAACACAAAAGGGAGAACUUAAAGUUGAAGUCCCACAUCCCUUCAACUGGGACUCCUUUGAUGAAAUUCCCCAGGUAAGAAGUGACAUCAUAGCUAAGAGGAUGGAAAUUGCACGCUCAAUGGUACUUGACGGUGUUGACAAAGGAUCUAAGAAAUGGGAAGAACUGCAAAGUUUUAUCGAGAAACAGCUAGAAGAUGGAAAAGUUAGUGCACAGCAAAUCAUUGACAACAUCCGACACUGGAAAAAAAAUUGAAUGGACAUUAUGUACUGUAGUAGCAGAGAAUAAGGUUUUUACACUGUUUUUAAAAUGACAGCAAUCAGUAUAUAUUAAGUUUUGAAGCUAUUAUUGUUUCUUGUAAAUGAAAGAAAAAAACAAAACAAAAAGUAUAACAAAAUUGUCUUUAUUUCCUUGAAGUUAACUAAUAAACUUUGUUUGUUAUAA